UCGGGAACGCCAUCAUUCAACCCACCUCGUAGCUUCGCCCCCGAUUAUCACAAGGUUUACAAGGGCCCACUUUCAUGCUUAGUUAAUGUUAAUCCUCAACAUAAAUCUCCAAAGCACAAUGCUUGUCGACAUGGACACAUCACACAUGAAGCACUUCUUGAAAGCACCCAUAUGCUCAUCCUGCAGCCAUAUGGCCACGUUCAACGAACCAUCUCCUUCCCUUCCCGGUAUAAUAAACGUCUUCCCGUCGAACCCCAUCUGCCCCGGGCCCACAUGGACCUCGCUCCCCCACCCGAAGUCCGUCCCUCCCCCUUGGGCCGCCCGUUGUUGUCGAGUGACCUAAACCGCCCCACGUCCGACAAACCCUUCAAAAAAUCGAGGUAUCCCCUCACUGACCCGUCAGUCACCCCCUCCACAGCCUCCCGUAUUUUCCAGCACGCGUUCCCGAUCGGGCUCGCCAGGAGGCUCCCGGACGUGUCCAUGGCCUCCGCGCAUAUCAACGCGUUUCAUCUUGUUCCGGAAGUCGGCCAUGAAGUGGAGGCUCGUCUGCUGCUCCGGCACGUGGGCCCGCGCCUUGCUCGUGCACUGCCAGACGUGCGCGGCGACAGCCUCGAACCGACUGUAACCCCGUCUCGACCCGAACUUUAUCUUCUCGGGAUAAUCUACGUCGGCCUUGCUGCGGAUCUUCUCGAUCUGCAGCUGGGUCAGCCGGAGGAAGGCCAUGCAGGGUCGGAGGGGGUCGAACUUUUCUCGACUAACGCCGCCACCAUCGACCACCCUCCGGUCAAGGAAUGGGGAGACGGUGGGGUCUGCGCCUCCACGAGCGAGAUUAGCCCACUCGCCGACGAAGUGGAGGGCGCUGGGCCCGUCGGCCAUGACGUGGGAGAUUUCGAGCCCGAGGGCGAGACCGCCACAGGCGAGCCGAGUCAUUUGGGCCAUGACGAGCGGGAUCUCGUCGAGUGGGGCCGUGUAGUCGACGGUUGGUAUAAGAGCUUGGAUCUCGGGGCCCGGAGUGAAGUCCCCGAAGUCCUCGAUCCUGGAGGCCGACUCGGCCUCCAGAAUGGGAACGCCGGCUGCGUUGCACCGGAGCUCAACACGGUUGCCGCCCUCGGCAUCCCAGGUCAGCCGGCCGGCGAGCGGGUAGAAGGAGACGAGGACUUUGCUAAGGGAUGCGAGGAUCGGGUUUUCAGAGACGAGGUUUGGGGAGUGCUUGUAGAAGUAGAUGGUCGGGGUGUGGGUGAUAUCUUUGAUUUGAUCGCACGAGUUCAAGUACAUGGUCUCGUUUGGGGUGGGGCUGGCCGGCCGGACGAU